GGUCAACAUUAAAUGCUUCAGACCUGAUGGUUUAUUAGAGGCCUACGAACUAAUACAAAACUAAGAAGCUCAAACAGGUAUGUUAGUAAAGGGAUCAAAUUGACCACGAAGCGCAGUAGGCCAGAAGUGUUUCUGUGGAGCGACAAUGUCGGGAUCCUUCAGCAAAAACACCCCGGCAAACCCGCAGAGUCGUGUACAAAGAAAUGUUCUGGACGCGGACACAAAAUGGUUGGUGUGGGCCGAGUCUCGCAUCGCGUCUAUCGCGGGCAAAGACACGGACAUCGACCGGGAAAGCUUCAAGAACGCGCUGGAAGUGCGAAAUCUGUUUUUUGCCGAUCGAUUCUUUGACCUGUUCGACUACGACCACAGCGGGACGGUUUCCCAGCAGGAGAUGAUGGACGGCCUGUUCCUUCUGACUAAGGGAACCAGGGAGGAAAAAGUCCGAUUCUUCUUCGAUGUCUACGACUUGGAUGAGAGUGGAACCAUUGACAAGGACGAGUUGCGAGCCCUCAUGAAGACGGGAAUCGACGAGAGUUCGUUGCAGCUCAGCGAUUCCAAAGUAGACCACCUAACGGACACGCUGUUUGCGAACGCGGACCAGGACAACGAUGGCUCCAUCUCGUUUGAAGAGUUCAUGACCACACUGAGGCGGUACCCAGACAUACUGGAAAAUUUCUCAAUUAGUGCGGCUGCUUGGCUUAAAGACACCAGACCGAAGAAGCGACGCUGCGGAGGGAUACCUUGGUUACGGCCGACUUACCUGCGGAAUAAUAUCAAACGAAUCGUGCUGAUGUUGGUCAUAUUGCUCUUGACUGGCGCCCUCUUUGGCGAAGCAGCCUACCGUCAUUCAUCUAAUCCUGACGCCAACUGGUGUUUCCUAAUUGCACGUGGUUGCGGCCAGGCUCUGAAUUUCAACUGCGCCCUCAUCGUCUUGAUGAUGCUCCGUAAAACCCUGAGUUUCCUGCGUUCCUCCUCCUUGCUGGUGCAGAUUCUUCCCUUCGAUGACAACAUUGUCUUUCACAAAUUCAUCGGAUACCUCGCCGCCAUCUUGGCACUCGCGCACACCUUGGGCCACGUCGGCAAUGCUCUGACUUUAGAGACGUACAAGAACUUUACGGCAGUCGAACUGUUGUUCACUGAUCCCACCCUCCUACAAGUCGGGCUCCCAGUCGGCAAGCUCGCUGGAAGUGCCUUCAUCACGGGUUGGAUACUUGACGUCGUUUUCCUGGUUCUCAUCUUGGGGUCACUGUCCUACGUCAGGCGCUCGGGUCAUUUUGAGAUAUUCUACUGGACUCACAAGAUCUGCUAUUUCAUCUUCUGGUUCCUGCUGAUCCUGCACGGCCCAAUCUUCUGGGCGUGGUUCCUUGGCCCACUGAUCCUCUUCCUUCUCGAGAAGGCCAGUGCCCUUCAGAUCAUCCAUCAACUCCGCCACGGCAAGACGUACGUCAAGGAAGCCAAUCUGCUGCCCUCCGGAGUAACACAUUUAGUUAUGACCAAGCCGCGGCACUUCAAAUACAAGGCUGGUGACUACAUCUUUGUCAAGAUCCCUGAGAUAGCGAAGAACGAGUGGCAUCCGUUUACCAUCAGUAGUGCACCAGAGCAGACAGAUAUCUUGUGUCUUCAUAUCCGAUCCGCGGGUAACUGGACUAAGCGACUGUACCGUCACUUCGAUGGCAUGCAGCAGGCUACCAUCAGGAAGAGGUCAAGUCAAGCUUCACGCAGUCGGCGGCUUGUUAGUUCCUCGUCAUCUAAUGGGGAGCAUCCGCCUCUAGCCGGAGGUAACCUCAACGGUGGCUUCGAGAUGUCACCUUCAGAUGGGGAAAAGAUUUCCAACGUCAAGCCACCACCAGUUGACACCAAUCAGCUGGAGGUAAUGGACGAGACAGCUGUCAGGAUUACCCCCGAAGAGUCUCUCUCGGAGUCCGGUGAGGUAGACCCUCCCACUGUCAUGAAAGUCCGCCGCAUCAGCUUCAACGCCGAGGUGGACCCACAGGCAGUCGCCCAAUGGAGGAAGACCUCUGUCCCUCUUCGGAUUCCGGAGGAAAUCGACGAGGGAGUAGAAGAAGCGUGCGCGAUCAAAGACGAACGGGGUCAGCAAGAUCAGCUGGAAGACAACGAAACGUCACCAAACGAGACGGGAAAAGAGAGUGACGAUAACGCGACGAACCGCGAAGGUGCAGCGUCACCAAACGGUGGAUCAAUGCAGAGGAGACACGCUGUGUCCAGGAGAAAUGCUUCGGUGUCAGAGGCCGGUCCCCCCGUGACGAACCCGAAGUCCAAGUACUUUCAAAGACAGCUGUCCAAGACAAUGCCAAGACCACAGAUUUUGUUUGAUAUGAAUACAAAGGACAAGAUACAAGUUCACAUCCAAGGUCCGUACGGGACACCGAGUACCAGUGUCUUCGAGUCUGACCACGCCGUACUAAUCGGCGCUGGUAUAGGAGUCACCCCGUUUGCUUCUAUUGUUCAGUCCAUCAUGUACAGACACCGAAGCAUCGUCAGUAGAUGCCCCAACUGCCAACACACCUGGGUGGACGAGGAGAGAGGCAAACAGGCUCUCAGGGUCAAGAAGGUUGAUUUUAUUUGGCUGAACCGCAACCACACGGCGUUUGAGUGGUUCGUUGACAUGCUGCUGAACCUGGAGACCGAACAGAGUCAGUACUCACUGGAUCGCUUCCUGGACAUCCACCUGUUUAUGACGAGCAUCCAGCGCUUCGAUGUGAAGAAUUUUGGCCUCCAGAUGGCGCUAGACUUGGUCCACGAGAGGGAGAAUAGAGACUUGCUGACCGGACUGCGAACCAAGCUACAAGCGGGAAGACCAAACUGGAAUCAGCUCUUCAAGCAGAUCAAGGACGAGGACAAGGGAAGGGUGUCGGUGUUCUUCUGCGGAGCCCCAGCACUCGGAUCCGUCAUCAGUAAACACUGCCAGAAGUUUGGCUUCAUCUUUCACAAGGAGAACUUUUAGAUUCAAGAUAGUGUGUGGUUAGGUGUGGAAAACUAUUAUCUUUAACAUUUGGUACCAAAGUUCUGCAGCUUAGAGCUGUUCAUCUCAUUGAGAAGUCAGUCAGUUCGGCAUUAUAGCCUCGGCGAAUCCGAGAUUUGUUGAACCAAGGGAUUGAGGAGAAAUAUAAGUAUUUCGAUAGUUAAUAUUAAAGUUUACCUUUUACUUUAUAAGUAUAAAAUAUGACUAGAAGGUAUUGUAUUCAUUUUUAAGUCAUAUAGGAUAUCAUUUUCAAUUAUCGGGAAAAAAAUGAUCUACCGAUUUUACGACAGAAACCUUGCUCUGACUGGUGUCAAAUUGUGAAAUUAUUCCGCCUGAAAUGGCAUCGCUUGGAAGAAAACUAAAGUUGAAGUUGGUUUAAAAUAAAUUGCCCGCGGACACACUUUUUUUUUACGUGCGUUAGCAACGGAGACCCAAAACAAAUUAUGCACACGAUUUUCUCAAAAUGUGUAAUAUCCACUGAGCUGAUUGUUAAACAACCUACUUAAGAUUUUAUUUCUUCAUACCAAAACAAUGCACCAAAAUCAAAUGACUCUACGUAUACCUUUAAAGACCGAUCUUUCAAAACCAAUUUGGUUCCUUCUCUGAGUUAAGCAUCAGUGCACAAGGUUCAUGCAUUAGCUUCACGAAAUGGACUUUUCCUUUGCUCGUUGCAGAAUUUCGACCAUAUUUGGAGGAGCUAUGAGGGAAAAAAAGCAAAUCACGUAGGAGGUCCGAACCUUACAUGGUAUCCAAUACAUUAAUGAAAGGAUAAUAUUAUAAUAUACUGUAAUAAUAGAAUUUUUAGGCAAAAGCCGAAGGGAAAAAAUUGACGGAUGCGGCUUUUAAGAGAUUUUUUUCCUGGUUCAAUCGGUAACUGUUGGCAAAGAAACCUUGUAGCUUUUCCCUUCGUGUACUUUUUAAAUGAUUUCAUAAAAUCUAUAAAUUAUCGUGUGAAUACAUUACGGUGAUCAGGGGCUGUCUGUAUUUAAACGGAUAUUAAGGACAAACCCGGUAUUAGGAACUAUAUAUAUAUGCAAUACCGGUAUAUCCUAUUGGUGGAGGGGCUUUUUUUGCAACUCUCUCCCCCUCCCCCGCAUACACCCCCCCCACACACACACACACAUUUAGCCAUCCCAAAACAAAAGUAAAUCCCAACAGUACCAGUUCAGCUGGAUCUCAUUUUUGUGGGUGUGGCUCCCCCCCCCCUUUGCACACCUUCCUCACCCCCACCUCCAUCCCACCCCCUCCCCCCCCCCCCCAAAGGGAAAAGACAAUUAACACUUGUAUGUUAAAUUAAUUACGGUGAAAAAAUUGCCUUCUUAUGAAAAUGCUUUAUUUUUGUGCGCAAGCUGAGGUCCGCCCUGCGAGAAGAUUGGUUCCCGGUGCCUAUACAACCGUUUUUAAUAGAGGCGUGAACCAGUUCACCCGUUUUUUUAGUGAGUGAAACUCGAAAAUAGCACUUGAAAUCAAUCUAUUUUUUAUCAAUUCAA